ACGCGAUCACGGGAAGUGAAGGUGUACACCCUUGGGACGCGUGUUGGUGUGUUCACCUGUGCACGGCUUCACAACUCGGGCGCUGGUGUUUAUUAAUUGUGAAUUCGUGAAUUUGCGUGAUCCACAGCACGAUCGACGUGUUGCUUGCUUGAAGCGUGAUUCAUUCCGUUGUAUUACGACCCAAAUUCGUAAACUCCCGAACGUAAACAACUACGAUCGAUCGCGAUAAUUGACACUCUGUGUCUGAGGGUGCACUCCAAUUACACUACAUGUGCACACUAGCGACUUCUGUGGCGACUCCGGGCCUUGGAGCGGGACGGAUGGGGCUGAACGCGAUUCAACCGCGGCAGGGCAGUACGGAAAGUGCGGGAAGCGGAGACUCGGACAGUGGGGGAGGAGGGGGAGGCACAUUUGGAUCGCCGGUGUCGACAGCUGCGGCGGCGGCCGCCGCCCUCCAGUGGUACUAUCUGGCGAAUCUGGACGCACAUUCGAGCGAGUCUUUGCAGAGCUCGAAACUGUUCUCGCCACCUUACUGGACCGGGCCCGAAUCGUUCGCACCGUCGACACUGUCCAGCGAUGCGUACGCCCAAGAUCGUCGGGACGAGUGUGACUCACCGCUGCUUGCCGAAGAGCUGGCCGAACUAUGCGACCAGACCAGACUCGAGCUAGGGCUGCUCGAGAUAACUUCCAGAGCGCGCCCAACCCAUCUGGAAGUGGAGCAUCAUGCUGGAUAUGGUCGAGCGUUUCUCACCGGGGCGGUUAAAGGAUUCGCUGGCUAUGGAAGAAGUGUCUCACCGACGACGUUAGUGCAUCAACAUCAUCCCCACCAUCAUCAUCAUCAACAUCAUCAUCACCAUCACAAUCACCAUCAUAAUGCAAAGCAGCAGCAUCACGAGUUGCCAUUGACAAAACCCCAGCAAGCCUUGCAUCUUCAUGCACCACUGCCGCUGACGAGUAACCACUAUCAUCAACCCACGUACGGAGGACAUCAGCCGCUGCCACUGCACGCCGGAGGUAUGGAGCAGCAACACUUGCAGAACGCGAACCUGAAGUAUAGCAAAGUGCCGCCGGCCAACUAUCUUUGCCAUCUGUGCUUCAAGAAGGGUCACUACAUUCGAGACUGUCCUCAGGCUCGCCCGAAAGCGGAAGGCAAAACACCGUACCAGGGCAAGAAGCGCUGCUUCGGCGAGUACAAGUGUCCGAAGUGCAAGCGAAAGUGGAUGUCGGGCAAUUCGUGGGCCAACCAUGGUCAGGAGUGCAUCAAGUGCCACAUCAAUGUCUAUCCACACAAACAGCGCCCGCUGGAGAAACCGGACGGACUGGAUGUGUCGGAUCAAUCGAAAGUUCAUCCGCAGAUGCUGUGCGAAAAGUGCAAGACGUUGGGUUACUACUGUCGAAGAAUCCAGUAGCCGUGAAGGCGUGCGUAAUGACCCCAAUCUAUAGCAGAAAGUCACGUUGAAAUACCAAUUACCACUUAAAAUAGUUGCAAAUAGUUUUACAAGUUUCAUACGCCACAUCACAUCGAGAGAGAGUGUCAACAUAACAAUGAAAAGAAAACGAAUUCCAAAAUCUGUAUAUAAAGGAGCUGGACGACCUCGGCAGAAGCUCCACAGAAAUCCACUCGAAAUGCCAAAAUCUUGUUUGAAAUUCUCUCGGCCCUGUUGGAAGAGUAGAGAAGAUUUAGAGCAAAGUUUGUAUUAUUUUAUUGUGACAAACACCGAAAGGCCACUACUACUGGUUGCUGUUAAAAACAAAAUGCGAAUCAUUCAAAAUUUAUCGAACACAACAAGAGAAAGGAAAAGAAUAAUGUAUACAAUUGGCAUGAAUUGUUACGAGGCAAAGAGUUUGCCACCAAUAAACCAAACACGAACGAAAAGCGUUUGCUUUCAAUAAAGAAAUCGAAAUCAA